GAACGCUUCAGUUACGCGCCUGGUGUAGCUCAGCCCUUAGGCUUAAGAUGCUUUCGGGGAACUGGGCCCAGGGCAGGCCCGUCCAAACAGGCAUUAUUGGAAGCAGUGACAAAAAGCCUAUAAUGGACCUAGCUGGGAAAAGGCUUGCUAUGGUCCUAGCUGGCUCAUCACUGGAUGUUGGCUUCACUCUCCUCUCCCCCAGUGGGCACAGGCAGGUGUCUGAUUUCAGGAGGUCCGAUGGCAUCCAUACGGUGGACCCGACUGAGGACGGAGACUACAGAGUCUGUUUCGACAACAGCUUCAGCAUGUUCUCAGAGAAGAUGGUGCUAGUGAGACUGGUCAUGAGCGGGUCUGCAGACUCCCUGGGAGAAGGCAACUGGGAAAACACACCUGAAUCCGACAGCAUGCUGGAGUACAAGCUGGUGGACAUCAGGGACACAAUUGAUGUGGUGCACCAACGUCUGGAACGCAGUCGGCAGACACAGGCUGCGCUGCGGGCAUUUGAGACACGCGACCGCUACCUGCUGGAGGACAACCUGUGGCGCGUCUCCUUCUGGUCAUGUGCCAACCUGCUUGUCAUGCUGGCUGUGGCCCUCGCACAGGUGUACACACUUCGCCGCUUCUUUGACGACAAGCGGGUCCGCACCUGAGAGCGGAUUCAGAAUGCUUUAUCUUCGUGGCCAUUUCAGAUGUCACAGUGAGGAGAGCAGGGGCUAGCAAACAGCAAGAAAACAAGGAAGCUGUGGAAUGACAGGGAAGCUACUAUGAACCUUUGUGGUAUGAGAUUUGAAGAUCGUUUAAGGCCGACGUGAAGAAAUGAAUGUGUUGUGAGAUGGAGAGGGUUGAUGAAGAUGAUUGAUGAGGGUAAAGUUAGACAAAGGAAGAGUAGUCAGUUAUAAUGAAGGAAAAAAAACAUCACAGAUGUCUCCUCAAAUGUGUGUUGCUGGUUCAGAUGUGACUUCAGUUCAGUCUGGAGAGUUCAAACAUGUGUACUGUAAAGCCAAUCAAAAUCAAUGCUGACAAAGGCUAUCUAUGACUGUUUUAGUAAGUUUUUUUAGCCAAAGACUUUUAAUUACCAUCUCCAUGACAUAGUUGGUUUGAUUUAGAAAUGCCAAAUGCUGUCAUCAAUGAAAUUAAUCCUACCCACAAUCAGUGAAUAUUUCCCCCUGGUCGUCUCUAGACUUUGCGAUACUAGGGCUCUCCUGUGGCCGUCUCAUGAAAUGAUCUGGGCCAGUUUUGUACUAAUUUCCUUUGAAGUCACCUUCUGUCUGUUUUGUGGUUAACGUCUUGACGUGACCUUUAACUUGUUCAUGGGACUUUCCACCUUUUCAUCUAGAUAGUUUUUUUUAUACAUGUUUGUUAGUUGCAGUGCCUUCCAAUGUGAAAUGCAUGGGUUCAAAAAUAAGAAAAGGACUGCAAAUGAUAACUGAUUUGGAUAAAUCCAUGUCAUUUUAUGGUUGUCCUAAAACAAUGCAUGUGAAUGUAAAGCAAUGGCUAGCAGGUAUGUAUUUAUUUAUUUAUAUUAAAAUUGACAUUUUAAGGCU